UAAGCAAAUAAUUUUAUUUUAUAAUGCAUUUAAAUUAUUUGCCGCAAUAUUUCUAACAAUACGUGGUAAAUUUUUUGUUGUUCCAACAGUUUGUCAAUUUCUUGUUUGUUUUGUUAUAUCUAAAUCUGUUUUGUCAUGAAUCAAUGGACAGCAUUUCACCUAUUCCAGGAUAAGACCUACCGUGAAUGGAAUCAUGAAAAUUAUUUAAUUUUUAAAGCACAUUCUUUGAAAGAACGAGAGGAGGUGGGCUACGGAAACUCCAACAACAUGAAAUUACUCUACCGCAUAUGGAACUUUUUUCUUCGCUUCGAUUUCAGCGACGAAACGUACAAGGAAUUUAAGACGCUGGCUUGGGAGGACGCCGAACACGACGCGUACUUCAGUCUGAAACACUUGUUCAGGUUUUUCUGCUUUUCUCUGCUUAUAACGUUCAGGCCCAAUGUGUUGGAAGACUUUCAAGAGUUUACGAUUCUGGACUGCAGAAAGGGCAGAAUUUACGGCCUCUACAUGUUCUGGACAUUUUUGAAAAUUCACGAGGGCGCUCAUUUGCUCCGCAUAAGGCCCGAAUUGCAAGAGUAUUUGGAUGAGUUUAAGAGCUAUCGGGACUUUAGAGAGGCGAGACAUAGGGAAUUUAGUGAACUGGACUUGAAAAAUAUUGAAUACUCAAAAAUAAUUAUGCAGGAACAUAGAAGUCUACACAGUGAUCCACACACUCACUCGGGAGUCCUUAAGUACCACCUCUACUUGAAGAAUAAGGUCCGUCAAAGACUUAGAAGGGAGGGCUGUAUUUCUAAGUCUUCAGUCUAUGAUGUACCUCAAGUGUUUAAUUGGUGAUGAGCCCGGAGAUUUUGCUGACCAUGACAACAAAUUUACAUCAGAAUAUUGGAAGCCAAAGCCAUCCUUGAAAUUUGAGUCCAGCAUUAUGAUGUUAGAAACCUUGAUCUUGAAAGGUUCUAAUGUAAGGCAACUAAUGGGGUUCCACAAUUUCCUGGAUGUAUUGCUGACUACCCAGAGGCACCUCAAACCAUAACUCUAGCUGCUUGAUGUACAGACCACUCUACAAAAAAUUGUAGUCUCAAUACUAUUCAUAAGAUUAAUAUUAUUUUAUUGAUUUGGAAAAAUAGAGAAAAGUAAAUGAUUAAAAAUUCAGUCAAAAUAUUGAAUAUAUUUAUCAUUAUUAUUCUUUUAAAACAAACAAUCAGUUGGAUUUGCACAAUAACCCACACAUUCACUCAGGAGUCCUGAAGAACCACCUCUACUUGAAGAAUAAGGUCCGUCAAAGACUUAGAAUUGAGGGCUGUAUUUCUAAGUCUUCAGUCUAUGAUGUACCACAAGAAUGUUGUAAACACUCCAAAGUAAUCCUCGAAAUUUGAGAUCCAGUAUUAUGCUGUUGGAAAACUUAAUCUUGAAGGGUUCUAAUGUAAGGCAACACAAUUUCCUGGAUGUAUCGCUGGCUACCUAGUGGCACAUCAAACCAUAACUCCAGCUGUUUGAUGUACAGACCUCUCUACAAAAAAUUGUAGUCUCAACAGUAUUCAUAAUAAGAUUAAUAUUAUUUUAUGGAUAUUUUAUUGGUUUGGAAUAAUAGAGAAGAGUAAAUGAUUAAAAAUCAAAAUAUUGAAUAUAUUGAUCAUUAUCAUUCUUUUAAAACCAACAAUGAGUUGGAUCUGUACAAUGACCCACACAUUCACUCAGGAGUCCUGAAAUACCACCUCUACUUGAAGAAUAAGGACCUUCAAAGACUGAGGAAGGGAGGGCUGUCUUCUGUCUAUGAUGUACCAAAAAUUUCUGGAUGUAUCGCUGGCUACUCAGAGGCAAACCAUAAAUCCAGCUGUUUGAUGUUCCUAAUUAACAAUAAAUAAAAAUGUGCGUUAUUUCUCUGGCUACUCUUGUAUUUUACUGAUGUUUUACUAGGUGAAAUAACAUUGAACAAAAACUGGAGCCUUAAGAAGACUAUAAAGAUGCCUUAAUUGACUGAUGACUCUUUGUGACAUCAUCAAACUAAUCAGUGAACGCCAGAGUUUAAUUUAAUUUUCAUAUUUAGGAAUUAAUAUAUACUUAUUGAUAUUUUAAUAUUUGUUACUUCAGGAAAACUUGUUGUGACCACACUGAACCAUUGGAUUCACAUAAGUAGCAUGUUCAAAGAAAAUCUGAAGAACAGAAGAAUUCUGUUAUGUCUAAUUUAGAAUAAAGAUACGUUUCUUCUAAUCGAGUCAUUUUUUUUAACCAUACUCUUACACUGAAUUUCAUAUAAUUUUUGAGACAUUUGUUAUUAAAACUCAUGUUUAA